AUGGAGAUUUUGGUCGAGGGUGCUCACUCCUUCAGUAUGGACGAGGCAUGGCUCGAUGAGGCCAUCGAUCCGGCCGAAAAGGGUAUGAUAGGGGCCUUGCUCAACAUGUCCAUGAUUCUUUUCCCUUUGACCAAGCAUACUCUGGGAAGACUCGACUCUACACUGUCAGAUAAAUACGUUGACCAGUUCCUACGUGAUCAUCUGAUGCUAGGCUUUUGGGGUAAAGCUUUGAACGCCUCCGACGGAGCUCUAGACAAAUCCCUGGAGAAUUGCCAGAGUCUGCGCGACGAUGUGAUAACCUUGAUGUAUCAGCUACUAGAAGCCCUAUACCAAGGCCUAACAGAGUUUGGACGAAAUCAAUCGAAAUAUUCUAUUAGUGUUAACAGCUUGCUCGAGAAAGCAGAAGCCUCUCUCACAGUGUCAGACACCAGUAAUUCUAUAAGCAGAAUAGGAGUUGAUGAGAUUUACGAAGAUAUAACAUCGAUUAUCAGUGCGCUCGAUGACCUGGCCAUGUCUCUCGAGCGCCCUGCGACUGAUACAGUAGUGCGACCGGAGGCAAGUCGCCCUGUUAACAUUGGCGAGCAACACAACCCUUUGCAGAACUUUUUUGAACUUAUUCAACAUCAUUUUCCCAAGGCAGACGACAAAGCUAUUAAACGACACGCCCAAGCAAACUGUUCCCGGUUGCUGAGACUACAGGACUUGAGAGGUACCACAAUGGAACCAAGUUAUGCGUCGCAUGAAUCGAGAGCCAGGAUUAUGGCCAGAGUACCAUUCGCCUGGCUCUUACACAAGGUCAGACGCGAGAUGUAUCUGCCAGAGAUACUCGAAACCGACCGCAGAGGGGUUCCAUUUGUUUGUAGUUUCUGUCAGCAGAGUGUGGAUUAUCGCAAUGACGCGUCGUGGAUCAACCACGUUCUAAAGGAUCUAGGAGCGUGGAUAUGCCUGGAUCCAGAUUGUUCAUCCUCGAACAAACUAUAUGGCGAUAGAGUGUUAUGGAUAUCGCACCUUUUGACACACAUGACAGAUCCGACCGAUGAGAAUCAUCCGCAGUGCUCUUUGUGUCUCAAAUAUGUAGGAACUGCGUUUGUGAAAGUCGUUGCUCAUUUUGAGGAGCACUUAAUAUGGAUAGCGACGAUGAUUGUUCGUAGCUAUACAUCCUUCGUCGACCAUAGUAGCUCUGACAAGGAGUCCACUCAUGUAUCAAUUACAACACCGGUGGUUUAUGAAGGGACUGAAGGCGACGAAACGACACAAUUCGUUGCCAUGCUACAGAGUCUGAAGGCUACACACCCAGCACAACUUUCUACAGUAGCCGAGCAAAGCCAUUCAUCUGAUAGUACAGGAGAUCACCAAUCAGUCGGAGAAUUUCGCACCGUAAAAGGAGCGCAGGUAGCUGUACAGCUACCGAUGGGCGAUUCUAGUGUCCAUUCACAGCUGAACAACGAUCUCUUGAUUGCAGCACAUCUUGGUAGGAGUGACGACUCCAUCAUCCGGCCCUUCGACGGAACCUCAGACCAAAGAAGUGGUAAAGACAAUAAGAGACCUUGGCGCUUGGAAGAUACAGAAUCUCAAAGCACCCCGUUCUCUCUCCUCUCACAGUCGUUGUUGCCAGCCUCUGAAACGAGCAAGUAUAAGUACAAAACACGUUCUACUGCAGACGCUGAGAACAUACCAUGGGCACAGGAUCCAAAUAUACAUGCAAGACCUGAAAGGCUUCAAGAACGUAUAUCAUGGGAGCCAAAGCAACAAUUCAUCAUGGAACGAAAAGUGGACUCAGACUCCAUUUCAGGCCCCCAAUCAUCUCUUCCAACGACUGUAGAUGAGUUCAGCGGAAAGGAUCGCAAAACUGAAACUUAUUUGGCCAAUUACAAUCAUGCCAAGUUGAACCUCGAGCCAGAUGACGUAUAUCCCAGCUUGAAAGAUCAUAGUGACUUGCUUAAUAUCUGUUUCCAUUGCUCCACGCGAAACUCAGUUGGAUGGAAGCGCAUGAAAAAUGGCCAUCUAUUGUGUGAUGAGUGUGAUCUUUACGUAAGGGAAUGGGACUAUGAGCCAUUACAUCCAAGAUCCGUCGUUUUUGGGGAGAUCAAUCGUGUCAUGGGUACCAACGUACAUCCUCGUACACCCCUCCAACGAGUUUUCAGUGAAGAGCCGCUGCCUGCGAUUGAAGAGACGGGACGGGAAGAGACGCCACCACAUUUUGAGCCGGCGAAUAUGAAGCAACGGAAUACAUCUUCGGAAACCGCUCCCCCUCUAACUCACACCAAACAUGUCCCCCCAUCAAGUCUCGUACCAUCCGACUCCCGGAACCAAUCUAGUUUCAAUUCAAACCAAUCUAUAGAUGUAUCCGCAGGCAUAGUGCCAUCAUGUCCUAGCUCAUUUUCUGGGGAAGACAACCAAUUUCAACAUCCCGAAGUAGAAGAGGACAAGAAUCCCAGCGAAAGGCUCAUUAUGCGAUGCUUAGAAUAUCUUCGUCACCACACCCUGGACGAAAGAGAUAUUGAUUGA